AUGUCAGACAAAGGAGAAAUCGAUGAACUGGAAUCCGACUACGGAGAUGCUGAAGAAUACGACUCGAAGGACCCAAACGUGUUCCAAAUAAGAGAUCCCUUACCUCCGCCCUCGGCAUCUGUAUAUACAACGCAAGAACUUCAUCAGCUCAUACACGAAGGUCACGUUGAUCUAAGUCCUCCAUACCAAAGAGCCGUCGUCUGGAGCAGGGAGAAGCAAAUCACGUUAAUAGAGUCGAUAUUUAGGAAUUUUUACAUUCCUCCUGUGCUAUUUUUCGUUCGGCCCGAGUCUGAUGACCCUGAUCUCCCCUUGAGAGUGUGUAUGGACGGAAAACAGAGACUGUCGUCUAUUCAGGCAUUUUUCGAUGGCCAGAUUCCCUACAGAGACCCGGUCACGAAAAAGAUGUUCUACUACACCCUACCUAGUACUCAAACCGGAAAGAAACUUCUAAUACCUCAGAAGUUUAAACAAGACUUCUCUUCAAGGCAGAUUACUUGCGUGGAGUUCAGAGGCAUUGAACCUGCAAUUGAACGCGACAUUUUCCAAAGAGUGCAACUCGGAGUUGCCCUAACCGCAGCCGAGAAAAUUGCGGCUAUAUCGUCGCCGUAUGCUGACUGGAUAACUGAGCUCGACAACAAACACAUUCGUGGAGUUGACGAUGGCUUGAAUGUGGUCAUCAGAUGGGACGCAAGUCGAGGAAAGCACUUCCUAUGUAUUGCGCAACUUGCGUAUUGUUGCGAGAACCUACCCAGGCGAACGGAUCCGACAACUCAGAAGAUUACGGCAUGGCUACACCGGGUCGACGCACCAGGAGAGCAAUUCAAACAGGAAAUGGACCAGGUGCUCAGUAAAUACUGGCUCAUCGCGAACUCCGACGAGCUUAAUCAAGCGUUCACUGAGGUCAAGCAAAUUGUCGCACCGGUCGAGUUUGUAUUUAUUGGCGUCCUUAUUGGUGUCCUACAAAACUGCAGUGACUCGAUCAUUGCAGAAGAAGUUCUUGGUAUUCGGCAAACUGUUCGUGCGGUGCACAAAGACGUCCGGGCAAAUAAAAGCGUUGCGACGACGUUAUGGGAUUACAUCGAGCAGGCAGCAAAGCGACGUGGCAUCAACAUGAAGGACUUGAACUCGACUGCUGUCACCAAUGGCACAAGCAACGGGAAGAAGCGAAGGCGAGAUGCCGGAGAUGAUGAAUACAGGUCCACUCCGAUCAAAAGCUUGGGUGCCAACCCGAAAACACGAUCAAGGGCUGGGAAGUGA